UCUUUAUUCUUUGCUAUGGCGUCGAGUGCAGCUGACAUUGCCCGUGCAUUGUGGUCGAGCGUCACGACUGCGGCCAACAAGCAGCACUCGAAUGCAUUCGCAUCGCCAGCAGCAGCAGCAGCAGCAGCAGCAGCAGAACUCCUUCCGACCAUCAUGCCGCUGCUCCGGUCGCUGAUGCGUGCACAACGCCCUACAAACAACAAUGGGAGCAGCAGUUUGAGUUGUAGCAGUCAGCAUGAUGGGAUUAGUAUGCAAGUAGCAGCAGCAGAGGGUGAGGGUGAAUUCAAGUCUGCCGCUGCAUUACUCAUCACUGCCGCCGCCGCUGCUGCUGCUGCUGCUGCUGCCACUACAGCGACAACUUCAUCAACUUCAUCAGCAUCGACGACGACUUCGCUGGGGCGGGCAAACUCCAAUGCUGCGGCCGCCAAUAGCGCAGCCAACACGGCAUUCCGGGCAAGCCUGGUGGUCGACGCACUGCUGCGAACAUCAUCAGAUGCAGCAGCAGCAGCAGCAACAGAGCGUCAUGCAGCAGUGCCAGUCAUGCUGGUGCUCGCUGCACAGCAGUUUGUGGCGGCCGCGCUCAGCAUGUGCCAGGGCCCGAGCGACAGCAGCAUUGGCAUGACGGCGCUGCAGAUUGCCAUUGCCACGGGUGAGCAGCUCGCGGUUCCCGAAUUCAUGCAACAGCUCGAGCAACAACAUCAGCAGCAGCAGCAGCAACAUCAGCAGGUGGCACAGGCGGGAGAAGAGCAGCACGUCACUACGUCGGGAUUGCCGCAAAUCGCAGCAGCAGCAGAAUUCGCAUUGCCACAGCCAACAACGACCGGUACAUUGCCAUCGACCUCAGCGACGGUGACUACGACUACUGAUGCGAAUGCAAAUGCGAAUGCUUGGACAAGUCAGCCUGCGCUCGCAUGGCUGCCGGACGGAAUCAUCGCGACGCACUGCCUGCGAUCAAGCCCGUCCAUUCCCGCGCUGAAGCUCCUGCUGGAGCAGAUUCCAACAGCAACAGCCGAAUCCCAAAGUAUCCUGACGCGAGUUCUCACGCAGCCAAGUGGCUCGCAUAGUGCUGUGGGAUUUCUGCACGCCAUCCUUUUGCGCCCAAGUCCAGCCAAGAGCGCCGCGUCGUCAGACAGGCCUGAAGCACUUCCGUGGACCAUUGCCUCGUCCGAGCUAUUCCCUCAAGUGCGUCUACACGCCGCGGAGGCGCUGCUCAACCACCCACGACUCGUCGCAGCUCGACACUUGCUCGCAGAGAUGGUUGGCGUGCCUCUUCUGGUGCAGGAUGGGGAUGGGGACGAGACGACAGCCACCCCGGCGUUCACCUACCAGGCCUUGCUGUUGCACGAGCUUGCCGCUCGCAACUGGAUUGAGCCGCUGCGCUUGGUGCUGGCCACCUUUCCCGACAUUGCUCGCGCACAGCCGGCUGACGGGCUUCAAUGCCUGCUCACCCAUCGAUGCUGUAGCGUCGAGGCCUUGCAGCUGGUGCUUGGACGAGACCCGAACUUUGCCGAACUCGCCUCGCCAAAGCACUCCAGCACCCCGCGUACCCUGCUCGGUACCGCCAUGUGCCUGGUUUUGCCAGCACCACAGCCCGUCACGGUGGCUUCCUUGGCGAACUUUGUCGCAACCUCGUCGGGAUCGACCGCCUCCACAGCGUUGCCGAGUCCAGCCUCCUCGGUCGUGCCCCCUGCUGCUGGCGACAUGCCCAGCUCGACGACACCGGCUGCGUUCUUCCGUUCGAGUGGCACCGUUGACUUUCAGCGGUCGUUUCUACUCGCUGCGGUAGAGUAUGGUCUGACCGGGGAGGUACUCAACUCGCCCAACUGCUGCGGCACCCUGUUGGGCAACUACCGCCACUCGGCCACCGUCGACGCCUUGUCCGAGUCGUUCACUGCACUGGAGGCCAUGGUUGCCUUUGAAUUGGCGUCCUGGAAGUCCGAUUGGGUGUAUGACAUUACGUCCCACCGGCUCUCGCGAGUCCUCCACUUUCUUGUGCGAACUGGUGCGCGCCUCUCGCCCAUUCCCACCAUCAAGCUCCUGCGACGAUUUGUCCGACCACAGGCCAACGAGCAUGUCUCGCUGGUGGAUUGUUACACGCUAGCACCGAGCUCGUCUGUCCCAAAUGAACACGCCGAGCGCCUGGCUUGCGAGCGAGCGCUGUUGAUCCAUUUGGCAAUGAUGCCAUCCGUCACCCUAUCCGCAUUCGAGUGCAUUGUCGAUGCGGCCGACAUUGGACCCACAUGGGCUGAGAUUCAGCAGCAGUGCACCGACGCCGAGACGACACGGCUCGAAUUCGGGCUGCACGAUGUCAUGAAUGAACCGGCUCUGUUUGAGCGCCUCGCAGCACGCCAACUCGCUCUCUGUGCAGAGAAGCUGCUGCGCUUGCCUCGCUUGAUUGGGCUGGAGAUUGAUCAACCCGACUCGGCCGGCGUGACUGUUCUCCAUCGCGCUUGCUGUCUCGAGUUGCCGAUUCCGGACGUUAUCACCUCGCUCGUCUCCGUUCUUCAUGCCACGAGUACCCUCACUGAUAUUCUUGCGUUCGCAGAGAUUGCUGCCAACAGCGAGUCCUUGUUAUGCCCGGGAUGCCGCCUCUGUGUCUUGCCAGCGCUCAGCUCCAACAGUACGACGCUCCCGCAGUCAAACAUCACCACUACCAUUACUCUGGCCACGUCAGAAGAAGAGUUGCUGGCACCAGCAGCAGGUGAUGUUGGCGAAGCAGGGGCACCGCUCGUUUCCGUUGUCAAGGAUUCCGAGCAGCCCGACUCGAGCGCCACAGCUCUUCUUCGUUCAACUCCAAAAGACAACACCAACAGGGCGUCCACCAUCUCGUUGGAUGACCCCACGGAUGGCCUGUCGGGAGGCAAAUCGCUCAAACGUAGCUCCAGUCGGGUGUCGAUUGCCUGGCAGAGCCCUCCCGACCCUGAAGGCCCCAGCAUCCGCAUUCCCACCGAAUCCCGCCUGGCCGCUCAAAAUGUCGAUUUGGCUCUGCAAGCCAUGGUGGGCAAUGCCGUUCCCGUGCCCGUCCCCUCGAACGGAAGUUCGUCCGGCUUGCUCGGUGGAACCGAGACCACCCAGGCCCAGCCUGAUCCGUCCAAUGCGCAGCGACUCGCUGCAUGGAAGGCCGUCUCGCUGGCAUUCCGGGCCAGUGCCUUGCAUCACACGCACCGAAGCCAGUCCGCGUGCAAGUCCAGCGGCUUGGCGUGGCUUGUUCGGCUGCUGUCGAAGCGUGCUUCUGGCGGCAACGCGUCGCGCCCGUCGUCCAAGCGAGUCAGCACCAUGAUGAACUGGAAUGCACACGAGUUUCCCGAGUAUGCGACGGUCGAAGCGCCUGCUGCGCCAGAGCCCGUCGUUGCUGCCGCCGAGCCACGACUUUUCAACGCUGCUCUUCAACCCACCGCCCGAAUUGAGCCGGCCGCUGAGAUACCCCCAUCGUUGCUCGAGUCCGCGCUGUAACUUUGCUCUUGUUGUUCCUGUCAGGUUGUGUGUGCGUCCUUUUUGUAACUUUAGCUCGAACUGUAUUAUUUAUUGAAACCACCCUUGCUAUCGGUCGUUUACAUUUUCUAAAUGCAAGUUGC